UAUAGCGUGUGCUAUUUUGUUUAACUACAACUUUAAAAUGUCUGCAACAGAUAUAAUUCCUCUGACAUGCAAUCAUGAGCGAUAUGAAGAUACUUAUUACAAUGCGUUCUAUAAGAUCGCCCAGAAGGAGUUCCUUGUUGAAAAGGUGAGUCAAUACUUCGACACCAAAGUGAUGAAGAUUCUGACUGAUGCAUUUGACCGUGAUGAACAGUUUAGUCUCCUGAGUGUUGGAGUAGGAGAAGGUCCUCAUGAAUUUCACAUUUUGAAGAGUCUUCAAACAUUCUAUGCAUCCAUAAGCAGUGUUUCAGUGGAUCCUAAUGAGAGUAUGGUACAAACCUUCAAAGAUAGAGUGGCUUCAUUGAAUGUCGAUAAGAAACCUUCCAUUACCUCUUUAUCUUUCAAUGGUUCCUUAACUGAAUUCAUGACGACUAGCACCUUGGCAACAACCAAGUACCAUCUUAUCACCUCCAUCCACUCACUGUAUUACACCGAUGACCUUCAGACGACCUUCUCACAGUUGACAUCCAUGAUGAAAGACAAUGGACUCAUCAGCGUAGUUUGUAAGAAAGGUGACCUUAUCUCCAAAUCAUUCAGCAAAUUUGCAUGGUUAACAGAAGCUAUUAAGACAAUCAAAUCGCUAACUUCGACGGAUGUUAAAGAAUUCGCUGAGAGUCAAGGCUUCAAUGUCAUCUCAUCAGAUGUUAUCAUGCAGUGGGACAUCACUGAAGUGUUUGACGACCGGUCUGACUUUGGUAACAAACUCUUGGAUUUCUUCUCACAGGCAGCUUAUUUUCGACAGACAGCGCCCUCUGAGAUGGUGGAUGAAUUGAUGAAUUUCUGGCGCUCAAUUUCAACCGAGGAUGAAAAUGGGCGAAUGCUAUCGCCUUGUCAUGAUGAAAUACUUGUCAUCUCAAAAUAACUAUAGGUCCAUUGGCCUUUAAGGUGAAACAUGUAUUUGGUAGAAACGACAU